AUCAGUCAGGCUCACUGGAGUCCGUCUGAAGUCUGACGUGCCGGCAGUCACAUUUUGGACUCUUGUCAGGAUGGAAAUCAGGAAAAUCUGGGUGCUGUUUGGCUUCUUUUUGUUGUCUAUUGGGUUUUUCCCAGACAUGGGAGUGUGCACUGCAGUGCAAUCAGAAGUGAGAAUCACAACUAUAAAGCAAGAGCCAUAUGCAGUGUCCAAAGGCACCCAUCUGGAGGGCUUUUGCAUGGACCUGCUGUCUGAAGUAGCAAAGAAACUGGGCUUCAAGUACAAAGUGCAUCUGGUGAAAGACGCUUCCUAUGGCAGACAGGAUGAGACUGGCAACUGGAAUGGGAUGAUUGGAGAGGUGGUGAGAGGGGAGGCCGACCUUGCGAUUGCUCCGCUGACUCUCACUGCAGCUCGGGAGAAAGCGGUGGGGAUGACCAAACCGUUCAUGCAGACAGGAAUCAGCAUCCUGCUGAGGAAGGAUAUCUCAGAGGGAGCUAGCUUUUUUGAUUUCUUGACUCCCUUUACAGCCGAAACAUGGAUCGGCAUACUCAUUGCUUACCUGGGGACCGCUGCUUGCAUCUUUAUAGUUGCCAGACUCAGCCCAUGUGAGUGGAGUCAGCCUCAGACUGAGCAGAACAGAUUCAGCCUCCUUCACAGUCUGUGGUACACAGCUGGAGCUCUGACUCUACAAGGUGCUGGCCCUCACCCAAAAGCUCUUUCAGGGCGUGUCAUCUGCUGCAGCUGGUGGUUAUUUACCAUCGUCCUAUUGGCUUGUUAUCUCUCCAACCUUGGCUCCUCAAAGACCUCUGAGUCCACUCACCUGACAGUGAAAGGGUUUGAGGACUUGGCCAAUCAGGACAUGAUUGAUUAUGGCUGUUUGGCUGGGUCUUCCACCCUUGCCUUCUUCAAGAAUUCAAACAACCCAGUUUACCGCAGAAUCUAUGAGCACAUGGAGAGAACCAAGAGUUUUGUAUCAUCCAUGGAUGAGGGAGUUCGGCGUGCAAAAGAAGGAAACUUUGGCUUUAUUGGGGAGUCUGUUUCUCUGGACUUGGCAGCAGCACGUCAUUGUGAACUUGUCAGAGCGCAUGAAGUCGUUGGAAUGAGGGGAUAUAGCAUUGCUGCCCCCCUUGGCUCACCCAUCAUAAAGAACCUUAGCGUGGCAAUCCUACAGCUGAGUGAGGCGGGGGAGCUGGCUUACCUGCGAAGCAAGUGGUGGGCCAGCAGCUGCUUAGCAAACAGGGCCAAGUCUUCAGCUGUGCAGCCACACAGCCUCAAAGGGAUGUUUCUGGUUCUUUCCCUGGGCCUGGGGCUUGGUGCACUGCUGGCCGUCCUGGAGCUCACCUCCAAGAGCCGAAGAAGUGCAGCUGAGCAGAGGAAAUCCUGCUGCACUGUGCUGACUGAAGAACUGAGUCUGCGCUUGAGGACAGGAAAUGCAAACAAACCCCAAGAAAAUGUUGACAAAGAUAAAGAAAAAGCAUAGAAACAUCUGAGACACAUAUUUUAACAAGUGUCAAAACAUUUAACUUUAGUUUUUAGUUUGAUAGCUGUUAAAGAAUAAUUUCUAAUAUGACAGAAACAUUAACUUAAUUGUAUGACUUGAACUUCCUUCUAUAGAUACAUCACAUUAAA